AUGUGCGCCGUGAACAUCGGCGAUCUGCGGCGUACGGUGGCGGCGUACCUUGGGUGGAGCGGCCGUGGACCGACCUCGGUCGCCCAAGUCUGCGAUCCGGUUUACGGCGAGGUCGUCCACGUGAGUGGAGCGCUCUACGUCCCGGGCUGUUACACGCCGCACCGCCUUCACGAGCACAUUGUGAAGAAGACGCCCGAUAUGGAAGAACAACUACAAGCGCUAUUGGUGAAGCUGGACUUCGAUGAGAAGCCCACUGUCCUGCAUUCGCCAAAGUGCGCGAUCUGCGGCUCCUUCGACCUGCAAGCCCGCACCCACGGAACCAAAUGGGAGUGUUGCUCCUGUCGUAAUCUGCUCGACGAACCCAGCAAGUACCACCAGCGGACCUGCGCGAACACCAGCACCUGCAUGCGCUUCCGCAAGGAACGUGACGAGCUGAUCGAAAAGGGACGCGAUCCGAAUGAUGCUAUCUGCGUAGAUGGAUCGUGCGCCGCCUGCCGUCUCCUUCGUGCGCGCGACGUCGGGCAGCUUCGCGUCUCGAAGAAGCCGAUCAACCCUAUGAUGGACCGUGGACCCGCGUGCCUGGGUGUCUACUUCGCCAUCAAGUUCAGGAGCCAGGGCCGCUGGGCCGACCAGCCGCCGAUGGGAAGCGAGCAUCCCGUCGAGGCGAUCUUCAUCCAGCCAAACACACGGUGGCUGGCGAUCGCCUACGACCACUUGCCCGCCCUCUACAAGAAUGAAAUCAUUCCAAUCGCCGCUGCUGGAGACGAGCAAUACCAUGCAGACGAAAUGAUCAACUUCUACAACGAGUUCAAGGGCAGGCUGACGAAAAUCUUUGGCGGGCCGCAAACGUUUAGCCUGCUCGACCGGCGUGACUUCACUGAUUGGAACGAAGAGUUCGACUGGCUGAAGUACCUCGAGGAGAUGAAGAUGCCGAUCAAUGCAGGGACGCAGUUUGUCGCCAACAAGAGCGCCAUGCAAGAUUUCUGCACGAUGCUUCGCGACCCGAAAAUGUGCUGGUGCGCCAAGGAAAUGAUGGUGCUGAAUGAGCACGACGGACUCAAAAAUGGAGGACCGAGGAAUGAUGCGACACAACCCAGCUCUUCGACCAGCCAUCAGAAUGGAAGCGUGUCGGAGCGCGGGGCAAGCGGAAGAAAUAAAUCUUCUAAGGUGCAAUUGACAAUCGUCUCCGCCAAACUCAGCAAACCUUCCGACUAUUUCGUCGAGGCAUCCGUCGAAGGACAACCCGGCAAAAAGGCUACUGGCACCCAAAAAAAGACGAGCACCCCCGAAUGGAACGAGAAUUUGUCGCUGACCGUCACCGAACAAUCGGAGAUUUCAUUACGCGUCCGAAGCAAGGGCAAACUUUUCGAUGAUCCCCUGAUCGCCCAGGCGAAGAUGAAGGUCUCCUCAUUUUCGCGCAACGAAAAUGGUCAAUUCAACGUCUCGCCCACCACAGUACAACUAAUUUGCGAAAAGGACAAUACGACUGCUGACAGCCUCGUUGUGAUUAUGAAAGGAGCUCUGGAGAAACGUCGAUCAGAUGUACGAAGAGAAGCCCGAGCAAGAACACAUCCGGAUUCGGCGCCACCUCUGUCCAUUCGGACCGCUUCCGGAAAGACAAGAGACACAAUUAUCCCCUCCGGCGUGGCUGCGGCAGCACAAACGGCAGCUGCCAACGAAGAGCCACUACCGGAUGGCUGGGAAAUGCGAUUUGACCAGUAUGGCCGGAAAUAUUAUGUGGAUCACACUACAAAGAGCACAACAUGGGAACGCCCGUCCUCGACGCCGUUGCCUUCCGGCUGGGAGAUGAGGCGAGACCCGCGGGGACGAGUUUAUUAUGUCGAUCACAACACUCGCACGACUACCUGGCAGCGACCAACGGCCGAUAUGCUCGUCGCCCACGAACAAUGGCAAUCUGGCCGUGAUCAGGCGAUGCACCAAUGGGAGCAGCGGUACUUGUUGCAGACGAGCACAGCCACAACUGAUGAUCCACUAGGCCCAUUGCCGGAUGGAUGGGAAAAACGAGCGGAUCCGACAACCGGCCGUACCUACUACGUGAACCACGUCAAUCGCACGACCCAAUGGGAAGACCCGAGAACACAAGGCGGAAACUCCGACCAGCCGUUGCCCGAAGGUUGGGAGAUGAGGUUUACGGAGCAAGGCGUCCCAUUCUUCAUCGACCACAACACGAAAACUACCACCUAUAAUGAUCCGCGCACCGGAAAGCCCCUCGGUCCCUUCAACAUGUACGGUGUGACCGUCAACUAUGAGAAGAGCUUCCGGUGGAAAAUUGCGCAGUUCAGAUAUCUAUGCUUGUCAAACAGCGUCCCCAAUCACGUCAAGAUCACGGUCGGCCGCCCCGCGGUAUUCGAAGAUUCUUUCCAAGAAAUAAUGCGCAAGAAUGCCGUGGAUUUGCGGCGCCGACUAUAUAUUCAAUUCCGUGGCGAGGAGGGACUGGAUUAUGGCGGUGUUGCUAGGGAAUGGUUCUUCCUUCUCUCCCACGAAGUCCUCAACCCCAUGUAUUGCCUCUUCAUGUAUGCCGGCAACAGCAACUACAGUCUCCAAAUCAACCCCGCGUCUUUCAUCAAUCCCGAUCACUUAAAAUACUUUGAAUUUAUCGGCCGCUUUAUCGCAAUGGCGCUCUUCCACGGGAAAUUCAUCUACUCCGGGUUCACGAUGCCCUUCUACAAGAAAAUGCUGAAUAAGAAGAUUUUGCUCAAGGACUUGGAAUCGGUCGACAACGAAUUCUACAACUCGAUCGUCUGGAUCAGCCAGAACAACAUUGAUGAAUGCCAAAUGGAUCUCUUCUUCGUCGCCGAUUACGAGCUGCUGGGCGAGCUGAAGACGCACGAGUUGAAGCCGGGUGGAACCGAUAUUCCGGUCACUGAAGCCAAUAAGGAGGAAUACAUCGAAUUGUUGGUGGAAUGGCGAUUCAACCGCGGCGUCGAGAUGCAGACCAAAUAUUUCUUCAAGGGCUUCACCUCCGUUUUUCCCCUCGAAUGGCUGCAAUACUUUGAUGAACGAGAGCUGGAGCUGUUGUUGUGCGGAAUGCAGGACAUUGACGUCGACGACUGGCAGCGCCACACCGUUUAUCGCCACUACGCCCCGCAAAGCAAACAGGUGACCUGGUUCUGGGAAUGGGUACGAUCGUUGGACCAAGAGAAGCGUUCCCGCUUAUUGCAAUUCGUCACGGGUACUUGCCGGGUGCCAGUUGGUGGCUUCUCGGAGCUAAUUGGCAGCACCGGACCACAGCUCUUCUGCAUCGAACGCGUGGGCAAGGAGAAUUGGCUGCCCCGCUCGCACACUUGCUUUAACCGCCUCGACCUUCCGCCAUACAAAAGCUAUCAGCAGCUGGCGGAGAAGCUCAGCCUGGCCAUCGACAUGACCGAAGGAUUUGGCAAUGAA